AUGCAAGAUGGGAUCUCCUCGACGCAGUUGCUCCAAAUGUUGCUGCAAAGAGAGAAACUUCUUUAUCAGAACUACCCGCUAAGUCUGGCCCAGGGCGAGGGUAUGAUCGGUUGGAAAGACCGGAACCGUGAGUGUGCUUGGCUGUGCACUGCUACGAGAAGACUUGGAUUAGACAGCGAUAGCACUUCGUUGGCUGUUUCUAUUUUCGAUCGAGUAGUUACAAGUGUCAGGAUUCCCAGCAAGUAUGUCAACUGCGUUGCUGUCGGAAGUCUGAGCAUAGCCAAGAAGCUCCUCGAAGAUCACGAAGAAGAUGCUCCAGUUUUCUUGAAUCGCCUGCGUACUGAGUACAGCUCACAAGAACUGAAACGCAUGGAGAUCAAGAUUCUAGAAGUUCUUCAAUGGGACGCCAACCUUCCGCACCUUUAUCGCAUCGUUGAAUGUCUCCUGUCAGAACUUGGAGCAAGUUUCCUCAUGCCGUCCAUCAAGAAGCAUUUAGAGUUUUUGCUCUGUGACUCCGUAUUGACAUCUAACUUCCGUUGGAGUGUGCUCGCAAUCUGCACCGUGUCACUUCUCGUCGAAGCCACCAACAAACAUUGGCAACAUCCGAUCAGUGCACUGGCUCGUGCUUGCAAGAUCUCCAUGAGUGAAAUUAACCGAUGCCGUACCAAGGUUUCCAGCCUUUGGUCUCGUCACAUGCUGCCGAUGCCAUCGACAUUCCAUCUGCUUGCCGACCUCGACGAUCAAGACAGUGAUUUGGACAGUGAUUCGAUGCACACCUACAACCGAUCAUCCAUUCUCCCGGCCCCCUCUUCUGACGCCUCCGAGUAUAUCACCUCGCCGGCCCCCCGGGCACUUCAACCUACUCCGUGUUAA